GUCACCAGAUCGGGGUGUCCCACAGCAUCCCUCUCCCCCCUGGAUGCAUCCCACCAUCCCGGCUCCGCUUGGCCCCUUUCUCCGCCGCGUGGGUCCCCGUGCAGGGCUGGGAAGGCGGCCCAGCGCCUCCAGGAGAAGCAGGAGGAGGAGGAGGGGUGGGGAGAGGCCAUGCCGGAUCUUUGCCAGAUGUGGGAAAGGAGAGAAGGGGGGACGCCUUUCCCGCUGCUUCCCAAACCUAGGGGGGGACCCCGUUCCCCGACGUGCAGCCGGGGCAGGAAUGGCCGGGAUGCCACCGCUCGCCCCGGAUGAACGGGACAACCUUGGGGUGACCCCCGGCCCCCCGUGUGGGUUUGGGGGGGGUGGGUGGGUGCCGCUGGUGACCCCCCCCGCUCUCGCCCCCCUCCAAUCCCGCAUUGUUCCCGGCUCGGCGGGAGGAGGAGGAGCAGGGCCAAGGGCCAGCGGGAAGGCAGGCGGGAAGGCGGGCGCCGGGACGUGCUGGAGCCGCCUGUCAUGUUGGUGGAGCUGCUCUUCCAGGCUGCCUGUGUGUCCCUGUUCCUCUCCAGCGGCCAGGGCAGGGUGUAUCCCGCGAGGAAGAAGCCGGCCAGCUUUGCCGUGGAGAGGGGGCUCAGGACAGGGUGGCCUCAGGCUCUGGUGUCCCACAGGCGCCGCGUGGGGCCCCACGUCUGCUUCCCGGGCUCCGGCAGCGGAUGUUGUCCUGGCUGGAUGCUGUCUCCGGGCAGCGGGAAGUGCACCCUGCGGAAUCACCUGCCCAGAGCCGCCGGGGACUUGCGGAGAGUACGGCUGCGACCUGUCCUGUAACCACGGCGGCUGCCAGGAGGUCGCCCGCGUGUGUCCCGUUGGCUUCUCCAUGGCCGAGACGGCCAACGGCGUCCGCUGCACCGACAUCGAUGAGUGCCAGAGCGCGGCCUGCGAGGGGACGUGCGUGAACACGGAGGGAGGCUUCGCCUGCGAGUGCGGAGCUGGCCGGGAGCUCUCCGCUGACCGCCGCAGCUGCCGGGACACGGAUGAAUGCCAGGCCACGCCGUGCCAGCACCGCUGCGAGAACAGCGUGGGCAGCUACCGCUGCUCCUGCCGGCCCGGAUACCACCUCCACGGGAAUCGGCAUUCCUGCGUGGAUGUGGACGAGUGCCGGCGGCCUGGCACGCGCCGCUCCUGCCAGCACAGCUGCCACAACAUUCCCGGCAGCUUCCGCUGCUCCUGCCGCCCCGGAUACCGGCUCAGCGCAGACAGGGUGUCCUGCGAAGGGUACCCCAAAUCUAUCCUGGCCCCGUCACCUAUCCUGCAAUCCCUGCAGCAUCCACCUACCCUUGUCCUGCUCCCUCCUGGCUCCCACCUGCUCCCGAGGGGCUCCCCCUCUCCCCACCUCCCUGUGGCAGCUCCUGGUACCCAACUUCCUCCUUCCUCCCCAUCCCUGUCCCCUGAGCCAUCCCCACGUGCCAUGGGAGCCCCCGGCACCUCCAUCCCACCAUCCCAUCAUUGCUGGCACUGGGGAAUCUCUCGGGAGCCUGGCAGUCGCUGGACAGAGCCGGGCUGUCAGAGCUGCACCUGCCAGGGGGGUCGUGUCCUCUGUGACACCGUGAGCUGCUCUGUUCCCUGCUCCCACCCGCUUCCCGCUCCGGCUGGGGGUUGCUGCCCCACCUGCACGGGGUGCCUGCACGAGGGGGUGGCCAGGGCCGAGGGCGAUGUCUUCUCCCCAUCCGACGGGAAUUGCACCGUCUGCGUCUGCUUGGCCGGGAAUAUCUCCUGCCUCUCCCCGGAAUGUCCCCCAGGAUCCUGCCCCAGCUCCUCUCCGUCUGACUGCUGCUCCUGCAAUCCAGAAAAGUGCAAUUUCCGGGGACGCACGUACGCACACGGAGCCCGGUUCAGCCUGGAUGGGGACGACUGCACCACCUGUGUCUGCCAGGGAGGAGAGGUGGAAUGUUCCUUCACUCCCUGCCCCGUGCUGGAUUGUCCCCAGCACCAGCGGCAGCUGGGUCCCGGGCAGUGCUGCUCCACCUGCCGGGACCCUCCAGCCCCUGCCGGUUGCUUCCUGGAUGACAACGGCGUGGAGUUUCCCGUUGGACAGAUCUGGUCUCCAGGCGAUCCCUGUGAGUUAUGCAUCUGCCAGGCAGACGGCUCCGUGAGCUGCCAGCGCACGGACUGUGUGGAGACGUGUCCUUAUCCCAUCCGCAUUCCCGGGCAGUGCUGCCCCGACUGCUCCGCAGGCUGCACCUACAUGGGGAGGAUCUUUUCCAACAACGAGACCUUCCCGUCGGCGCUGGAUCCCUGCCUGAGCUGCAUCUGCCUGCUGGGCUCUGUGGCCUGCUCGCCUCUGGAAUGUGCCAUCGUGUGCUCCUACCCCUUCCACCCCGAGGGCCGGUGCUGCCCCGUCUGUGAGGACUGCAACUACCAGGGCAGGAAGGUGGAGAACGGCCAGAGCUUCGUUCCCGAGGGACAGCCCUGUACCCGCUGCACCUGCCAGCUUGGAGAGGUGAGCUGUGAGGAGAGGCCGUGCCCCAGCUCCUGCUCUGAGCCCCACACACUGCCCGUGGGCUGCUGCCCAUCCUGCCCAGCCACAGACAUCCGGCUCCUGCUGCAGGGCAAUGACCUGUCCCCGUCCUCAUCCCCGUCCUCAUCCCAGUCCUCAUCCCAGUCCUCAUCCUCACCCCCAUUCUCAUCCCAGUCCCCAGUUCCUGAAGAUUCACCCCCUGGCACCCCUCAACACCGCCGCUACCGCCUGGCCCAGCUCCUGCUUCCCACCACACCCCCCCUUGGCCCCUCUCCAGGAAUUUGGGGUGCUGGGAUGCCCCCUCCCUCCACUCCAAGUCCCUCUGGAUACCCCUUGGCACCCACUGUGCCCCCUGACCCCCUCUGCGAGACCACAGCCCCCCCCGAUCCCACGGGCAGCCCUGAGGUUCAGGGAUCCCCCAGGAACGAGGAUCCCUCUGCGGUGCCAUCGGACAGCCCCGGGUUCCAGGUGCCAGGUGUGCCUGGAACGCCGUGAGGAGGAGAAGGAGGAUGAAGGAAAGGAGGAAAAAGGGGGUCUGCAGGACCAGCAGGCCUGGCCCUGGGGAGGGAGCAGCUGUCCCCCUGCCACCAAUAAAGUCACUCUGGUAUUUAUUCCCUGUCCCCUCA